AUGCGGAAUGACAGCAUUUUCACUGGAGAUUUAACCUUUAGCCAUUAUUGCUCAAACUUAGGAAAAGCUGAAAUAAUCGUCAAAACGCAGGUGGAAGUGCUCCUGAGGGACAACACGGAGCUGCAAGUGCAGCUAGAGCAGUUCAAGGGUCUGACCCUCGAGAACGACUCCCUCAAGGAGCAGCUCAGGCUCAAGACAAGCGAGGUGGCAGAGUUCACCGCUGAGCUGGAGAGCACCAUGACCAAGUUCGGGUUCUGCCAGAGAGAGAAGCAGUCCCUACAGGAGAUGGUGUUUGACGUUAUCGGGAACUAUACAGGGCUACAGGUGGAACACUCGGCAAUGCAGUUGCUGCUUCAAGACGAGCAAGAGAAAUGUGCACAGCUUGCAGACUCUCUUCGUCAGAGCCAGGAAAGGGAGGCAGAGAAGGGCCAGGAGCUGCAGGACGCCGAUAUGAUACGUCGUGACCUGCAUAACACGCUGCAGGAAUUGAAGGGAAACAUACGUGUCUUCUGCCGGGUGCGGCAGAUGCUUCCGUCGGAAGAGAGGGAGGGCGAGCGCCCGAGUCACAUAUCGUUCCCAGACGAGAAGACUGUGGAGCUGGUCAAGCCCGACACGGAGAUGGUGAUGGCAUUCCCCUUCGACCGGGUCUUCCCGGGUUCCGCGACACAAGCGGAGGUCUACGAAGAGGUGGCGCACGUCGUACAGUCUGCGCUGGACGGCUACAACGUGUGCAUCUUCGCCUACGGCCAGACCGGAUCCGGGAAGACCUUCACGAUGGAGGGUCCGCCAGAGCUGGAUUUGGGCUCUCCGAACGACUCGCAGCUGGGGCUGAUCCCCAGGGCCCUCCAGCAGGUCUUUAUGUCUGCGCAGAAGCUCCAGAGGACCCAGCACUGGGAGUUUACGAUGGUGGCGUCGUACCUGGAGAUAUACAACGAGAAUGUGCGGGAUCUCCUGUCGACGCACCCCCGGAGCAACCAGGCCAGCUGCCAGAUAAAGCACAAGGACGGCUCCACGAUGGUGACCAACGCCACCAGAACGACAGUUACUUCUACAGAGCAGAUCCACGAGCUGCUCCGGCGGGCUCGGAAGCAUCGGGCUGUCGGUUCCACCCAGUGCAACGAGCACUCCUCCCGCUCUCACUCGGUCUUCCAGCUCCGCAUCACGGGGACCAACAGCCGGACCGGUGUGGGUAGCCGAGGCCUGCUAAACCUGGUGGACCUGUGUGGCAGCGAGCGACUGGACGAGUCCAAGGCGGAGGGUGCCAGGCUCCGGGAGACUCAGCACAUCAACCGCUCCCUCUCGAACCUGGGCAACGUGAUCCUGGCACUCUCCCAGAAGGCGAAGCACGUGCCAUACCGCAACUCCAAGCUGACCUUCCUCUUGAUGGACAGCCUGGGAGGGAACAGCAAGACCCUGAUGCUGCUAAACGUCUCUCCGUGCGAGAAAAACGUGGGAGAGACAAUUAACUCGCUGCGCUUCGCCACAAUGGUUGGAAUCCUGUCAACUGCGCAAACAUUUUUUAUGGAUGGCAACAUGAGCACCUGCGCCUCAACCAAAGUUGAGGAUUCGCCAUGGCUCGCUGUACAUCUAGAAGAUCUCCUCCCCAUCACCGUGGUCAAGCUGAACUUCCUCGACGCAACGAUGCCGUCUGCUGUCCACGCCACCGUGCGCGUCGGUAACUCCACUAAGGCUUACGCUCAUAACGCAGUUUGCAGCGUCUUCAAGGGUACUCAUGCCGAAUUAGGAUUGAAGCAGGAGGCGACACACAGAGGUAUCGAGGCCUGA